AUGGGGAAAAAGUCGCCUGCUUCGGGAACUGAUGGUAAAGAUAAACCUGGCCAAUCUCACGGAAGUUCGUCUAGCCAGUCUCCAGAAGUUCCAAAGAAAAGAGAGAAACUUCAGAAGCAAGGAUCUGUCUCGAAUGGUGAAAAGUCAAGUAAGGAAGUUAAGGUUAAAACAAAAUCUGACAGUAGUGCUAGAGACAAACCUACCACUUCGAAGAGUAUAGUAGUAGAAGAGAAUGUUGCUAAUGUAAGAAAAAAAGAGGAAGACAGUGAAGACGAUGAAGUAAUUAUUCGGAGAAGACAUGCGGAACACGUACAACCACGAGUAAUCCAAAACGCACCGAAUCGAACAACUGUAGAGCUGUCUCGUCCUCGGAAUGUUGCGUAUGUUGUAAGUCCGUUUAAUAUAUGCGUAACUCAAUAUGCAGCUACUACGAUUGAGAUCCCCGCAGAUCGCCUGAGCGCUGUGGAGCUGAUUGACGCUGACGUGAAAAAGAACAAACCAUCCCCUUCUCGCGUAGAAACUGGAAGACAAAGGUCUAGUAGAAAGAAUAACGACGAUAGAAACGGUUCUUCUAGAGAUGAUGAUAGUCGAACUGAUGAGAAAAGAAAGAGAGAGAGUACUAGCCCAGUUCCCAAACAGAGAUGUACAGCUGGUCCGUCUUUCGAAGAAGUUAACGAAAGAAUAGAAGAGUUACGAAAGCACAGAAGUCGAAGACGCUCUACGAGUCCUGCAUCGUUAUGCAGUAGUGAAGAUUCAGUUGAUUUGGAUUUGUUACGAAUGAUGAACCUUGACGCCUUUAAAGCCUGUAUGAUGGAUCCAAACGCUCACCCGAAUCUACUUUUAAAAAGGAGAUUUUUAAAGCCGAGCCCAUCUCGGGCUGUCCUUCGGGGACCGAGGAAACUAGAAGGGAACGAAAAUUCAGUUCGGAAAGCUGCGUGUCGUGGUGCCGUACCCGAAGAUGUGAGAAGGUUACUCCUUCGAGAAACCUCGGAACUAAUGAAUUCUUGUCUGAGCUCUAAGGAAAUGGAUAUAUUGAAAACUAUCAAUAGAAUUAACGAACGACCUGACAUUAAAACUGAUCUUUUUUCUAAAUGUCUCAUCGAGUAUAAUGGAUUAGAGAAUCUCGUAGAUCCACAAGACCCCACAAACUUGUUUGUUCAUUUACCUGAGGUUCCCUUCUUCCGAAAGUUUGAUAUAGAGCUUAUGAUCCCAGAUGUGGUGCCAUUCAUUCCCUGCAAGUACAACUUUGAUCUGGAGAUGUUCGUUCAGUUGUGCGACCAUUUACUCAAUGAUAAUCUAAACAACGCUUUCAAACCACUGCCAAAGUUCAAGGAUCGGAUGCUGGAUUUCCCAGAGCGUAUACAUUCAAUAAUCGUUAACUUCGGAAAGUUAGAGGAGGCGAACCCAAGUUGCAUAGAUGUGAAUACAACAAUUGGCACAAUGAAAGGAUUAUUAACACCAAAAAGAGCAGAUGAUCUUAACAAUAUAGGUGAAACUUUAAACACAGGCAUCACGUUAGAAACCAUUAGCGAGCAACUACAUGAUUUGAGACAAAUUAUUGUCAGUUAUAGCAAUGUGAUAGAGGAUUACAUACUUAAGCGCACAUCUGGUAUUGAACAAACUGCAUGGCGAUUCUUCAAGAAGGAGUAUGAAGUCGUUAGUUAUCACACUUAUAACUCUGUGGCCCAAACUUACAUCAAAAUGGCUAUGGCCGCGCGAUUGAAGUGGCCGACUUUGAACCUAUUGAGAUCAAGAUUCACACUACUGUAUCACGGAUGGAAUUGCUACAUAAGGCAGUUACAAAUUGCUGAAACUGCUCGUCGGGAACUGUCGAAGAAAUCUAUUGAUCCAGUUAUUUGGGAGGCAGCUGCUUUUAUCAAAAAAAGAUAUGAUCAAGCAUUACCGUCUUUGAAAUAUAUGUUUUCGAUGGAACGAUUCGAUAGGGUUCUUUUCACCCUCGGUUACUGCAUGACACCUGCCGAACUUCGUCUCAUAAUUGAAGACUCUUGUGAUGAAAAUGCCACAAGAAUUUAUGAUUUACAGAAUGGAACUCAAACCUAUAGAAGCACUUCAGAGUGUGCGAUCUGUAGACUGAGUUUCACAUCUCCUCACAUUUAUAAGCUUCAUAUGAACUUACAUUCCACAUCUGCGACUUGUCGAGUGUGCUUCAAAAACUGCUAUAAGAUGUCACUGUUGUUCAUCCACGUUUUAGAGAAACAUCCCAGAAAGCUCAUCGAUUUCAUUGAUCAUGCCGUAGCAGACGCUCCUCGCCAGUUCACUGACCGUUAA